CUAAAUUUAAACAUAGUUCAACAUAUUUGCAGGUAGCUUCAAUGUCUCUAUCCGUAGCAUUAGAGCUUCUAUUCUUCAAAAGGAUGGACAUGAGCAUUACUUGUUUGGGUAAUCCUCGGCCCGUUAAAUCUAAGUCUUGGUACCCCGCUCGACCGGUAAGAUCGAGCGCCCGUGAGCUAAUUGUACAAGUGUGGGCAAAGUCUUUGUUUUUGUAGCGUUCAAAGCGCUAAGCUAUUAGCAGCUUUUCUCGAUUUUCAUAUCACUAUGAGACAUUUCUAUCGCUUAAAGACCAAGUAUCUAGACAAAUCGGUCUCUGAUGGCAUACCUCAACCUCAGCAUUCGUCUUCUGUCACUUCGACUCAACAAGAGCCCCAAUCACAGGCGCAGCAACAUGGUCUUUACAAGCUAGCUGAAAACCUGAAGCUCUCUUCAGAGGGCGAGAACUUUCCAGUGGACAUUAUUGCAGUCCAUGGACUUAAUGGCGACGCAUACUCAACUUGGACGGAUAAAACGACGGGGAAAUUAUGGCUCCGCGAUUUUCUACCAGACUUCCUACCAGGAUGCCGAGUCUUCACCUAUGGCUAUCCCUCUAAGCUCUUUUGUGAGGGAUCCUUCAGUCGCGUACAGGAAUUUGGACGAGGGCUUCUAAACUCUACGAGAGACCAUAUUGAGGAUCUAAAUGGUGAAACGCGCCCCAUUAUAUUUGUUUGCCAUAGCCUUGGCGGAAUUGUUUGCAAACAAGCGCUUGUUUAUGCUCAUGAGAAUGAAAAUGUGUAUGGGACAGUUUUGAAAUCAACAAUCGGUGUGGCGUUUUUAGCCACGCCACAUGGCGGGAGUGAAUCUGCCGACUUGGCUGGAGUUUUCCUCAACAUUGUCAAUGCAUUUCAAGCGACUGUAACGGUCGGAUUACGGCCUAAAUAUGCUCGAACUGAGCUGCUUGACUAUCUAGGCCAUAACUCCGACGCUCUCCAUGACCUUUUUAGCUCUUCCCGAUAUCGACUUCAAAAGCUUAACAUAGUUUCAUUUUAUGAAAGUGAAGCUAUACCAGGUUUACCAUUUUUAAUCGUCGACCGAAAGUCUGCACAAACAGGCUUAUCAAACGAGGACCCCAUUGUUCUAUAUGAGAACCAUUCGAGCAUAUGCCGUUUUGCUAGUGAUAGUUCUACUAGCUAUUUGAGCAUCGCACGAGCAUUGCGAAGGAUCGCGCGCCAAUCAGCAGACACAAGUCCCCAACUAAAACGAUCCAGCACUCAUUCUUCUGAUAGAACCUUCAAUGAUGUGGAACGAACGUGCAUGAAGCUAUUGAAUGAGUCUGAUAAUGCCAAAAUUCCUGAAACGCCACCCAAACCGGCUCAAGGAACGUGCCACUGGAUCCGCAGCCACCCUAUGUUCAACCUUUGGCUUGAAAAAAGUGAAAGCGCGCUGCUUUGGCUGACUGGUCAUCCAGGGUGUGGUAAGACAAUUCUGUCUUUCUCUUUGGCGCAAUACUUUCUCAACACCAAACAACCACCAAACGUUCUCGUUUAUUUGUGUCAGAACAAAACCAAUCAGACGAAUGGCAAAGCGGUUCUUAUCAGUCUAAUAUUUCAACUUAUCAAUCAACACCGUUCAUUAAUCCAAUAUGUUCGGAAGGUCUUUGAUCUACAGGGUUCUAGUAUGAUUCAGUCCUUUUCUUCACUGUGGGAAAUCUUUCUCAGAAUCCUGGGAGAUAGAAAGAUCGGAUCCGUUUGCAUUAUCCUGGAUGCCUUGGAUGAGUGCGAAGCAGACUCUUGCCAUCAACUUCUUCAGUCAAUAUCUGAUCUGCUUUCUGAUACCCUAUAUUCUAUGCAAAGAGAAUUUAAGGUCAAGUUUCUGGUAACAAGCCGUCCCUACCUUCACCAAUCAUAUGUCAAUACUAGUCUAUCCGGACAAUCUCAAAUAACCAUUGAUGAUCGCCAGGCUGGAUAUACCAAUGAUAUUCGGCAGUUUAUCCUUGAACGAGUCAAUGAAAUUUCGCUGAAGCGAGGCUAUGGCGACGAAAUUAAAAAUUUCCUGGUCCAAACGAUAACUUUGAAGGCCGACCACACCUUUCUCUGGAUUCAUUUUGUUCUACUAUCAAUCGAGAAGAGCCUACUUACUUCGAAGAGUGAGCUAAAAAAGAUUCUUGCUCGCACUCCCAAGGAUCUCGAACAAAUGUAUCGAAGAUAUCUAUCAACCAUCCCUUCUCAGCAUCAUGAAAAUGCAUCACUUCUACUUCGGAUAUUAUUGGGAAGCUGCAGGCCGUUGAGUCUAGAUGAGAUGAACAUUGCAUUCACCCUUGAUACUUCCCAUCACUCCAGUCAAGAUGUUAUGGAAGAUUCUCAAAAUGCCAUCACACACACUCUUCAAGGUAUCCUUGGCCCGCUAGUUAGGAUAUCCUGGCCUAACGUUUCUUUGAUUCAUCAAUCUGCAAAAGAGUUUUUACUAGGAAUGGAUUCUAGUGAGAAUAUUAUAUUUCCAGCCAUGGGAAAGCUCAACGUACGCAGCUCUGCUUUGCAAAUGGCUUGCACGUGUAUCCGAUAUCUUCUUCUGGAUGAUUUCAAAAUUGACUUCUUUGGGCCAACAGUAUCACACGACGGGCCUGCCCCUCGCACUCCUGAUGAUAUUCUUGAAUCGCCAGCGUCUGAUUUCAUCGGUGAUUUAUGGGACACUGACCAGUACAAUCUUGAUACAUUCUUUGGUGGACCAGACACUCUAUACCCAGUUAUUUGUGUCUCCAUGGCUGCCAAAUACAAGUUCUACAACUAUGCAGCGCUAUAUUGGGCUGAGCACUUCGCUCGUUGCGAAGAAGAUGCUCCCCAUGAUCUUAGAGUCGCUGCCAGAAGCCUUCUUGAUAUAUCACAAGGAAACUGCCGUAAUUGGCUACGCUUCUAUCGCACGCAAAUGGCUGAUUCGACGGACGAUGAUAUAAUUGACAACAGCCCUUUGGGAUUAGCGUCUCAAUUUAACUUGCAAGCUACUCUGAAAGAUCUGCUAGGCUAUUGUCAGCCGUCACAAGCGGUUAUGAAUCGCAGUCUCUAUUGGGCAAGUAGACUUGGCCACAGUGGAAUUAUUGAUAUCCUUCUUGAAGCUGGUGCAGAGCCUAAUUCACAAGAGCUAGAAGGACAAACAGCACUCACCGUAGCAGCUGAUUAUGAUAAUCUAUCGUGCGUUAUUAGACUGCUAUCCGACAAGCGAACUGAUAUAAACGUCCCAGGUCGGAAGGGAAGAACUGCACUUUCAUAUGCUUGUGGUAGCGGGUGCGGUGACAUUGUGCAAGAACUAUUGGCUCAGGGCAACUGCAACGCUAACUACGUUGAUUAUUUGGGAGCCACCCCGUUCUUCUGGGCUGUGGAAGGAGAACAUCGUUCAAUUAUUUCAACACUGGUCCACAAAGCUGAUAUCAACGUUAACCACAAAGACAAGAAAGGGCGUACUGCUUUCUCUUGGGCUGCUGGUAACGGUGGGGUUGGAACUCUGAAAUAUCUUCUUAAAAUCAAAGGCUUGGAUGCUAAUAUCAAGGAUAAGAACGGAAAAGCGCCACUUUUGUGGGCAGCGGGCAGAGGUUAUACUGAUUGUAUCGAGGUGCUACUUGACAGUAAACAUGUUGAUAACGCGACUACCGAUAAUGAUGAGAGAAAUGCGCUAUCGUGGGCUAGCGAAGGUGGACACUAUGGUGUGUUGCACAAAAUUCUACAGCAAGAUAAUUCGGGAGUCGACAACGAAGAUAUCAAUGGAUGGACGCCUUUAAUGUGGGCUAUACAAAAUGAUUCACCUGAGGCUGUUGCAGCACUUGUUGAUACAGGAUUACUCCAGAUUGACAGGCCAGAUCAUGGUGGAAGAACAGCAUUGUCAUGGGCAAUUGAGUAUGGCCACUUUGGGGUUGUUGAAGCGCUUUUACAUGCAGGGGCAAAUACAGAGGCUCAAAGUAAAGACGGGGUAACCCCAAUGACAAUCGCCAAAAGGUUUAGUAGAGCUAAGAUAUUAAACAUGCUUAUAGCACAUCAAGGAAGCCGUUAGAAUAGAGAUAUAGAAAAGGAAUUGUAAUAUUCUUAGAUGUUAUUUGGUGGUAGAGUAGAUACAUAACUUGUAUACUUCCAACAAGAAUUCUGCGGUGCAUAUAUAGGGAGUCAGUAGCACAGAUCUCAUUGAAAAUACUCGGAUAAGUUUUUAUGACACUAGGCAUGAUAAAAGAUCAC